AUGAGAGUCUCCCAAAGAUUGCUUAUAACAGUCAAGCGUGCCGACGUUAGAAUUAUUCCAAAGCAACCAAUCUAUGAAAUCCCAUCAUUGUCAUCCAUCACAUAUAAGGAUUUACCAGAUCCAAAAUUUGGGAACAAGACCUAUCAUGUUCCUAUGACUAAAUUCAAGCACUGGCCAGUAUAUCCAAAGAUCCAAGGUUCAAGGAGACAAACCGAGAUCAAGAGAGUGCAGGGAGAUGUCGUACAACUCAGUAAAGAUUUAUUGAAAUUAAAUCCAAAUUUGAUUAUUGCUAAAGUGAACACAACAGCUGGAUAUAUAAACAUUAAGGGGGAUGUUACUGAAGAAAUAAAACAAUACUUUAAUAGAGAAUUAAAGUAG